GUGAUGUACCUGUGCACUUCACGUUUUACCUUAGCACUUUUGUGCAUGUAUUUGCCAACUGCAUUUUAAAGUCAGAGCAUUUUUAAGAAUUGUUAAUUAUCAACAAAUGAUGUAUUUCCUUGUUGUGUCCCUACUUGUAACAGCGACAGCAGCACAUAAUCUGUUAUUUGUACCACGAUUAGCUCAGUCUGUGGUGUGUCCAGAUAAGAAGCAUGAGUGUCCCACAGGAAAUACUUGCUGUCCAUUGCCUACUAAGGAGUUUGGAUGUUGUCCAGCACCAAAUGCCAUUUGUUGCCCUGGUGGUAAAUAUUGCUGUCCAUUUGGAUCAAAAUGUUCGACAACAUCAGCUUCUUGUCAGAGAGGAAAUAAAGUGUUCCCAUGGUUACAAAAAACUCAAGCAAAGGUCAUUACUAAAGUGGCAUUAGCAAACAAACCUAGUAUUAUUGUAAAUGAGAUCAGUGCAAAGACUGAUGCUACCAGAGUUUUGUCUCAAAAGUUUGAGUCCAAUAAUUUGACAGGUAAUUGUAGUGGUGGUGAAUGUCCAGGUGGUCAGACUUGUUGUGAUGGUUUGUCUGGUCACUUCUGUUGUGAGCUCUCUGAAGCCAUCUGUUGUCCAGAUAAAAUAACAUGUUGUCCAUAUGGUUACACUUGUAAUUCCUCAGCAACACCAGAAUGUCAGAAUGGAACACAAACAAAAAUACCAACAAAAUCAACUUCAGUUUCAACUUCUGUUAUGAAGAUUGGUAAUGUUAUGUGUCCUGAUGGAAAAUCAGCAUGUCAGACUGGCCAAUCUUGCUGUAACAAGACAAAUGGAGAAUAUGCUUGCUGUCCAUUGCCAAAUGCUGUUUGCUGCUCUGACAAAAUACAUUGCUGUCCAGAAGGAGACACAUGUGACUUGUCCAUUGGGAAAUGUAAGAGUGGAAUGGAUUUGUUUAAAAAAGUUGAAGCACUGAAAAUGAAGUCUGUGAUGUGUCCAGAUGGUAGAUCAGAAUGUUCUGAUGGCCAAACCUGUUGCCCACUAGAUGGUGGGAUGUAUGGAUGCUGCCCAAUACCAGAUGCUAAGUGCUGUAGUGACCAUGUCCACUGCUGUCCACAAGGUUAUAUUUGUGAUGUCAUACAGCAACAAUGUGUUGGUAAAAGAGGGCAACGAAUAAAUUGGCUUAAAACCCUUCCUCCACAUCUGUUAGUCAAGAAAGACAUGACAACAUAUGGUAAUGUUAUAUGUCCUGAUGGUCAGUCAGAAUGUAAAACAGGUCAGACAUGUUGUAAACAAGCAUCUGGUCAGUAUGGCUGCUGUCCUUUACCUAAGGCUGUCUGUUGUACUGAUGGUAAACAUUGUUGUCCUGAGGGAACUACCUGUGAUGUGUCUUCUGGAAAAUGUAACCGUGGAGAAAUUGCUGUAUUGGACUGGUUUGCAAAAGUUCCUGCCAAUGUUAGAAGUGUGAAAUGUCCUGAUGGUCAGUCAGAAUGUAAAACAGGACAGACCUGUUGUAAACUAGCAUCUGGUCAAUAUGGUUGUUGUCCAAUUCCAAAGGCUGUUUGUUGUACUGAUGGUAAACAUUGUUGUCCUGAGGGAACUACCUGUGAUGUGUCCUCUGGAAAAUGUAAUAGGGGAGACAUGACAGCUAUAGACUGGUUUGUAAAGGUUCCUGCUAAUGUUGGAAGUGUGAAAUGUCCUGAUGGUCAAUCAGAAUGUAAAACAGGACAGACCUGUUGUAAACUAGCAUCUGGUCAAUAUGGUUGUUGUCCAAUUCCAAAGGCUGUGUGUUGUACUGAUGGUAAACAUUGUUGUCCUGAGGGAACUACCUGUGAUGUUUCAUCUGGAAAAUGUAACCGUGGAGAAAUUGCUGUAAUGGACUGGUUUGAAAAAGUUCCUGCUUAUGUUGGAAGUGUGAAAUGUCCUGAUGGUCAGUCAGAAUGUAAAACAGGACAGACCUGUUGUAAACUAGCAUCUGGUCAAUAUGGUUGUUGUCCAAUUCCAAAGGCUGUCUGUUGUACUGAUGGUAAACAUUGUUGUCCUGAGGGAACUACCUGUGAUGUUUCAUCUGGAAAAUGUAAUCGGGGAGACAUGACAGCUAUAGACUGGUUUUCAAAAGUUCCUACUAAUGUUGGAAGUGUGAAAUGUCCUGAUGGUCAGUCAGAAUGUAAAACAGGACAGACCUGUUGUAAACUAGCAUCUGGUCAAUAUGGUUGUUGUCCAAUUCCAAAGGCUGUGUGUUGUACUGAUGGUAAACAUUGUUGUCCUGAGGGAACUACCUGUGAUGUCUCAUCUGGAAAAUGUAAUCGGGGAGACAUGACAGCUAUAGACUGGUUUGUAAAGGUACCUGCUAAUAUUGGAAGUGUGAAAUGUCCUGAUGGUCAGUCAGAAUGUAAAACAGGACAGACCUGUUGUAAACUAGCAUCUGGUCAAUAUGGUUGUUGUCCAAUUCCAAAGGCUGUUUGUUGUACUGAUGGUAAACAUUGUUGUCCUGAGGGAACUACCUGUGAUGUGUCAUCUGGAAAAUGUAACCGUGGAGAAAUUGCUGUAAUGGACUGGUUUGAAAAAGUUCCUGCUAAUGUUGGUAGUGUAAAAUGUCCAGAUGGUCAGUCAGAAUGUAAAACAGGACAGACCUGUUGUAAACUAGCAUCUGGUCAAUAUGGUUGUUGUCCAAUUCCAAAGGCUGUCUGUUGUACUGAUGGUAAACAUUGUUGUCCUGAGGGAACUACCUGUGAUGUGUCAUCUGGAAAAUGUAACCGUGGAGAAAUUGCUGUAAUGGACUGGUUUGAAAAAGUUCCUGCUAAUGUUGGAAGUGUAAAAUGUCCUGAUGGUCAGUCAGAAUGUAAAACAGGACAGACCUGUUGUAAACUAGCAUCUGGUCAAUAUGGUUGUUGUCCAAUUCCAAAGGCUGUUUGUUGUACUGAUGGAAAACAUUGUUGUCCUGAGGGAACUACCUGUGAUGUGUCAUCUGGAAAAUGUAACCGUGGAGAAAUUGCUGUAAUGGACUGGUUUGAAAAAGUUCCUGCUAAUGUUGGAAGUGUGAAAUGUCCUGAUGGUCAGUCAGAAUGUAAAACAGGACAGACCUGUUGUAAACUAGCAUCUGGUCAAUACGGGUGUUGUCCAAUUCCAAAGGCUGUUUGUUGUACUGAUGGUAAACAUUGUUGUCCUGAGGGAACUACCUGUGAUGUGUCAUCUGGAAAAUGUAACCGUGGAGACAUGACAGCUAUAGACUGGUUUUCAAAAGUUCCUGCUAAUGUUGGAAGUGUGAAAUGUCCUGAUGGUCAGUCAGAAUGUAAAACAGGACAGACCUGUUGUAAACUAGCAUCUGGUCAAUAUGGUUGUUGUCCAAUUCCAAAGGCUGUUUGUUGUACUGAUGGAAAACAUUGUUGUCCUGAGGGAACUACCUGUGAUGUGUCAUCUGGAAAAUGUAACCGUGGAGAAAUUGCUGUAAUGGACUGGUUUGAAAAAGUUCCUGCUAAUGUUGGAAGUGUGAAAUGUCCUGAUGGUCAGUCAGAAUGUAAAACAGGACAGACCUGUUGUAAACUAGCAUCUGGUCAAUACGGGUGUUGUCCAAUUCCAAAGGCUGUUUGUUGUACUGAUGGUAAACAUUGUUGUCCUGAGGGAACUACCUGUGAUGUGUCCUCUGGAAAAUGUAAUAGGGGAGACAUGACAGCUAUAGACUGGUUUGUAAAGGUUCCUGCUAAUGUUGGAAGUGUGAAAUGUCCUGAUGGUCAGUCAGAAUGUAAAACAGGACAGACCUGUUGCAAACUAGCAUCUGGUCAAUAUGGUUGUUGUCCAAUUCCAAAGGCUGUUUGUUGUACUGAUGGUAAACAUUGUUGUCCUGAGGGAACUACCUGUGAUGUCUCAUCUGGAAAAUGUAACCGUGGAGAAAUUGCUGUAAUGGACUGGUUUGAAAAAGUUCCUGCCAAUGUUGGAAGUGUGAAAUGUCCUGAUGGUCAGUCAGAAUGUAAAACAGGACAAACCUGUUGUAAACUAGCAUCUGGUCAAUAUGGUUGUUGUCCAAUUCCAAAGGCUGUCUGUUGUACUGAUGGUAAACAUUGUUGUCCUGAGGGAACUACCUGUGAUGUGUCAUCUGGAAAAUGUAAUCGGGGAGAAAUUGCUGUAAUGGACUGGUUUGAAAAAGUUCCUGCUAAUGUUGGAAGUGUGAAAUGUCCAGAUGGUCAGUCAGAAUGUAAAACAGGACAGACCUGUUGUAAACUAGCAUCUGGUCAAUAUGGUUGUUGUCCAAUUCCAAAGGCUGUUUGUUGUACUGAUGGUAAACAUUGUUGUCCUGAGGGAACUACCUGCGAUGUCUCAUCUGGAAAAUGUAACCGUGGAGAAAUUGCUGUAAUGGACUGGUUUGAAAAAGUUCCUGCCAAUGUUGGAAGUGUGAAAUGUCCUGAUGGUCAGUCAGAAUGUAAAACAGGACAGACCUGUUGUAAACUAGCAUCUGGUCAAUAUGGUUGUUGUCCAAUUCCAAAGGCUGUCUGUUGUACUGAUGGUAAACAUUGUUGUCCUGAGGGAACUACCUGUGAUGUGUCCUCUGGAAAAUGUAAUCGGGGAGACAUGACAGCUAUAGACUGGUUUGUAAAGGUUCCUGCUAAUGUUGGAAGUGUGAAAUGUCCAGAUGGUCAGUCAGAAUGUAAAACAGGACAGACCUGUUGUAAACUAGCAUCUGGUCAAUAUGGUUGUUGUCCAAUUCCAAAGGCUGUUUGUUGUACUGAUGGUAAACAUUGUUGUCCUGAGGGAACUACCUGUGAUGUGUCAUCUGGAAAAUGUAACCGUGGAGAAAUUGCUGUAAUGGACUGGUUUUCAAAAGUUCCUGCUAAUGUUGGAAGUGUGAAAUGUCCUGAUGGUCAGUCAGAAUGUAAAACAGGACAGACCUGUUGUAAACUAGCAUCUGGUCAAUAUGGUUGUUGUCCAAUUCCAAAGGCUGUUUGUUGUACUGAUGGUAAACAUUGUUGUCCUGAGGGAACUACCUGUGAUGUGUCCUCUGGAAAAUGUAACCGUGGAGAAAUUGCUGUAAUGGACUGGUUUUCAAAAGUUCCUGCUAAUGUUGGAAGUGUGAAAUGUCCUGAUGGUCAGUCAGAAUGUAAAACAGGACAGACUUGUUGUAAACUAGCAUCUGGUCAAUAUGGUUGUUGUCCAAUUCCAAAGGCUGUUUGUUGUACUGAUGGUAAACAUUGUUGUCCUGAGGGAACUACCUGUGAUGUGUCUUCUGGUAAAUGUAACCGUGGAGAAAUUGCUGUAAUGGACUGGUUUGAAAAAGUUCCUGCUAAUGUUGGAAGUGUGAAAUGUCCUGAUGGUCAGUCAGAAUGUAAAACAGGACAGACCUGUUGUAAACUAGCAUCUGGUCAAUAUGGUUGUUGUCCAAUUCCAAAGGCUGUUUGUUGUACUGAUGGUAAACAUUGUUGUCCUGAGGGAACUACCUGUGAUGUGUCAUCUGGAAAAUGUAACCGUGGAGACAUGACAGCUAUAGACUGGUUUUCAAAAGUUCCUGCUAAUGUUGGAAGUGUGAAAUGUCCUGAUGGUCAGUCAGAAUGUAAAACAGGACAGACCUGUUGUAAACUAGCAUCUGGUCAAUAUGGUUGUUGUCCAAUUCCAAAGGCUGUUUGUUGUACUGAUGGAAGACAUUGUUGUCCUGAGGGAACUACCUGUGAUGUGUCAUCUGGAAAAUGUAACCGUGGAGAAAUUGCUGUAAUGGACUGGUUUUCAAAAGUUCCUGCUAAUGUUGGAAGUGUGAAAUGUCCUGAUGGUCAGUCAGAAUGUAAAACAGGACAGACCUGUUGUAAACUAGCAUCUGGUCAAUAUGGUUGUUGUCCAAUUCCAAAGGCUGUUUGUUGUACUGAUGGUAAACAUUGUUGUCCUGAGGGAACUACCUGUGAUGUGUCCUCUGGAAAAUGUAAUCGGGGAGAAAUUGCUGUAAUGGACUGGUUUGUAAAGGUUCCUGCUAAUGUUGGAAGUGUGAAAUGUCCAGAUGGUCAGUCAGAAUGUAAAACAGGACAGACCUGUUGUAAACUAGCAUCUGGUCAAUAUGGUUGUUGUCCUAUUCCAAAGGCUGUUUGUUGUACUGAUGGUAAACAUUGUUGUCCUGAGGGAACUACCUGUGAUGUGUCCUCUGGAAAAUGUAAUCGGGGAGACAUGACAGCUAUAGACUGGUUUGUAAAAGUUCCUGCUAAUGUUGGAAGUGUGAAAUGUCCUGAUGGUCAGUCAGAAUGUAAAACAGGACAGACCUGUUGUAAACUAGCAUCUGGUCAAUAUGGUUGUUGUCCUAUUCCAAAGGCUGUUUGUUGUACUGAUGGUAAACAUUGUUGUCCUGAGGGAACUACCUGUGAUGUGUCAUCUGGUAAAUGUAACCGGGGAGAAACUGCUGUAAUGGACUGGUUUGUAAAGGUUCCUGCCAAUGUUGGAAGUGUAAAAUGUCCGGAUGGUCAGUCAGAAUGUAAAACAGGACAGACCUGUUGUAAACUAGCAUCUGGUCAAUAUGGUUGUUGUCCAAUUCCAAAGGCUGUUUGUUGUACUGAUGGUAAACAUUGUUGUCCUGAGGGAACUACCUGUGAUGUGUCUUCUGGUAAAUGUAACCGGGGAGAAAUUGCUGUAAUGGACUGGUUUGAAAAAGUUCCUGCUAAUGUUGGAAGUGUGAAAUGUCCGGAUGGUCAGUCAGAAUGUAAAACAGGACAGACCUGUUGUAAACUAGCAUCUGGUCAAUAUGGUUGUUGUCCAAUACCAAAGGCUGUUUGUUGUACUGAUGGUAAACAUUGUUGUCCUGAGGGAACUACCUGUGAUGUGUCCUCUGGAAAAUGUAACCGUGGAGAAAUUGCUGUAAUGGACUGGUUUACAAAAUUAGAGGCAAAGGUUGAAAUCAUCACUUGUCCUGAUAACUCAUCUGUCUGUAAAGAUGGGCAGACUUGUUGUUAUGCUGGGAAAGAUAAAUUUGCUUGUUGUCCACUAGCACAGGCUGUUUGUUGUGAAGAUGACCUUCACUGUUGUCCUCAAAACACAAAAUGUAACACCAAAACCAGUAGCUGUGAUUCCAUGAUAAGUGCUAGUCAACCUCUUUUAUUAUUGGAGCCUCAUUUACAGACUGUUACUUGUCCUGAUGGGCAAACAGUAUGUCCAGAUAAAAAUGUAUGUUGUAAAACAGGCAGUAGUGGAUACUCAUGCUGUCCUUAUGCCAAUGGUGUUUGUUGCACAAACUCUAAAUACUGCUGUCCACACACAUAUGUAUGUGAUGAAGAGCCAGGAAUCUGUCGCAUUCCUUACACAUAUGGACUGGUAAACAUGGCAAGACCUAUUGUUGGAAAACCAUUACUCUAGGAAAAGACUUUAAUAUUAUACAAUGUCUCACCUUGUUUAAAGUUAACUUAAUGUUUAUAUACUGUUCUUUUGUUUGUAUAUUUGUCAAUUUGUCCAUGUCUGCAAUAGAUUUUUUGAAUAGAAUUUUAAAUUCAUUUACAAUUUAAUAUAAUGAAAUUGAUAUUGUUGUUUUAUAUCUUUUGUUGUUUUGCAUAUCAGUUUUGGGUAAUAUUGGUUUUUUUAUGGAUCAUUUUGUAUACAGCAGUUUGACAUGACAAAAUCAUACAGCUUCAUUUUUUGGAACAUCAUUGCUUGAUUCUAAUCAUUGUAGUUUUUAUUUCUUUUUUUUAUGUUAUUACAAAUGCUUGAGCUCUUAUAAAGAAAUGUACGUUAAUGUGUAUAACAGCGCCAUACAGAACUGCUUCAUUUAUAAACAUGUGUAGUUGUGCAUUAUGAAGUUGCAUGGAGUGCUUAUCCAUAUAAAUGUUUGGUACAUUUCUGACAAGAAGGCAGACGUUCAGACUAGCCAAAAAAGAGUACUUAUUUAAUGUUAUUAUUUAUACAACAAAAAAAUAAAUUGCAGAAUGUUUGUAUAUAAACUGAAAAUAUGCUCAUAGUUCAUAGCUUUUUAGUAUUUUGUAGUUAAAUAGUUAAUGUUUAGCUUCAUGAUUGUGGGUACAAAUAUUGUUAAGUCCUCCUUAAAUUUAAUUCAGAAGCUUCAAAGUUAAAAACAAUGUAGUUCUGUAAACAUGUUGUGACUGAUAGCAUUUGAUUGUUUGAUUGCUUUUGGUUAAUAAUGAGAGUAUGAAUGUUGAAAUAUGUGUGUAUGAGUGUAAAUAUUUGUAAUAAAAGGAGGAGGUUGCUAAAAACAAGAUGUGAUCAAGAUGUUAAAAAACACACUUUCUCUGAAAAUAUUUAUAGAUAAAGCAAACUUCUAAUUUUUGAAUCGCACAACUAUUGUAAAGGUGUAUGUGCAUAUUGUAAAUGCAAGUGUGAUUUGCUAUUAAAUAAAAUUAAAAAUCAUGUAUGGAUUGCAUAAAUUUCAGAUGCCGUUAAAACAUUUAAUAAAAUAUGUAUGAAUGAUUAUAGAAGAUAUGUCGCAUCUUAUUGUAGCAUUUAAAAUAUCCCACAAAUGAAAAUUGUUUGAAAAAUCUCUCAAUUAUAUUAACUCGUAUUGAAAAAAUAUACCAUUUUAUUUUAUUCUUGAGUAGAUCUGAAUCAGGUCUGUACAGAUAUAAGAAAGAUGGUUACAAGAACUGUUGGUAAAUGAUAUUUAUAUAUCCCUAACUGAUAUCUGAAUUAAAUCCAAAAUGAUAGAAAGAUAUGUCAAUUAUUGAACCAUGCACAUGCGUUUUUGUUAGGAUUGAGACAAAAGAUAAAUCCCAAUUGUGAUAUCAGGGAGGUAAUCUUAUAAUUAAGGACAUUGGCUGUAAACAGUUUAAACUUUUUUACAUUUCCUUUGAAAUUUUGUACAAAUUAUUGACCCAUUUUUCAUUCUUAGUUAACACAAACAAUUACCUUUUACUCAUAAUUUACAUGUUACAAAAAUUUGUCAAUCAAAUACUCAACAAAAAAUUAACAGUGAAUUCCAUCUCUUUGUAACAAUAACAGUGUGUUGAUAUCUAAGUAAAUAAAUAACUGUUCCCAAAGAGUUAAAUCAUUUUAUUUUUACUUAAAUGUCUUCAAAUAUUUUUGUACAUAAAAAAAUAUUUUGGAAUUGUAUUCUUAAAAAGAAAAAAAACAAAUGUAAUAAGAGUAAAAAAGAUUAUUGAAUAAUCCACACUGUGAUAUUUUGAUGUUGAUAGUCACAUUCCUUUACUUAAUUAGUAUUUUGACUUCAUAUCACUUGUACUUGAAUAAACUAUAUUUAUAACUA